AUGUCUGCCCUUGCGAAUAGUACAAAAACUAAUCGACGCGUUUCUUAUUUUUAUGAUGAGGAUGUAGGUAAUUAUACAUACGGUCAAGGUCACCCGAUGAAGCCGCAUAGAAUGCGAAUGGUUCAUGAUCUUGUUGUAAACUAUAACUUAUUCAAGAAAAUGGAAGUUCUCAGAGUCACGCCUCUAAACGUAGAGGAGUUGUCGCAACAACAAACAAGAUGUAUUGCUUCUUAUUUUAAUGUUGGAGAAGACUGUCCUAUUUUUGAAGGGUUAUUUGAAUUCUGUUCUAUAUCUGCCGGUGGAUCGAUUGUAGACGCUGCCAAUAAAUUGACCAGCGGUGAGUCAGACAUAGCGAUAAACUGGUCUGGAGGUCUUCAUCACGCUAAAAGGUUUGAAGCAUCUGGGUUUUGCUACGUGAAUGAUAUCGUGUUAGCUAUUUUAGAGCUCUUAAGAUUCUAUCAACGCGUCCUUUAUAUUGAUAUUGAUAUACAUCAUGGUGAUGGUGUAGAAGAAGCUUUUUACACCACUGAUCGAGUUUUGACUUGUUCAUUCCACAAAUUUGGACAGUUCUUCCCUGGUACCGGUGAUGUCUCGGAUAUUGGUAUUGGUGCUGGGAAACAUUAUGCUGUGAAUUUUCCAUUAAAGGAUGGCAUGGAUGACUGGAAUUAUCAAAAUGUUUUUCGUCCGGUAGUACAGCAUAUAAUUGAGUGGUAUCGACCUGGAGCAAUAGUUUUGCAAUGUGGUGCUGACUCACUCGCUGGUGAUCGAUUGGGCUGUUUCAAUCUUUCCAUGAAGGGGCAUGCAGCUUGUGUCGACUUCGUAAAGGAUUUUAAUAUUCCGCUUUUGGUUGUAGGUGGGGGCGGAUACACAAUCCGUAACGUAGCCCGUGCUUGGACGUAUGAAACUGGGUUAUUACUUGGGGAACAGCUUAGCGAAGACUUACCAUACAAUAAUUUCUUGGAAUACUAUGGGCCAAAUUACAAACUGGAUGUCCCCGCUAAUAAUAUGGAGAAUAUGAACACACCUGCUUACUUGGCUGAUAUGAAAGCAAAAGUAUUUGAAAAUCUGCGGAACAUUCCUUUUGCACCUAGUGUCCAAAUUCAUCAAAAUUCCUUAUUUAACAAUCAAUUUAUUGUUAAGCUGUACCAACGACAGUUGAAUGCACGCGUUGUUCCAGAAAAUGAACUUUCUGAUUCUGAGGAUGAAGGAGGAAGGCGGCACGAAAGAAGCUAUUAUCCUAAUGGAAAGGCAGGGGAGUCCUCAGCACGUAAGGUUCGUGCAAACAACAAAAAUUUACAUAAUGAAAGUGAAAGUCGCGGGUCAUCUUCGCGUUCUAGUAAGACAAAUAGCGGAAUUAGGGAUCAAGGACGUAACAAAUCGUCAAGGUCAAAUCAAAUAUUUGACGACGUACUCAACACUACAGUGAGUACUAGUGUUCCAUCGGCAGAUAGACCCUCAAUAAUGACUCCUUCGCCAAGUUCUUCUCGACCCCCUGCCCCACCAUCCGAUGUUACACAAGAGGAUGUAAUCGUGUCAGCACCCGGUACCCCACCAAUAUCAAAUGCUAAUAACUCUAAUGAAACUGUCACUGCGGUAAACGAAACGACGACUACUAUGGAAAUAGAUACUAUUGAACCUGAACCUGAGCCAAUAGUAAAAGAUGAAGAAACUGAUGAUAUUGCAAUGCAAUCGUGA